AUGCCGGAGAUACUGGAGGUGGCAAUCAUCAUCACUGACAGAAACCUUCAAGAACUGGAUAGAGGGCACUGGGUUCUUGGUGGAUUCAGCAGAGAAGAGCUAGAAGCUCUCGGAGAGUUUCACAAGGCAAAUUUUCGAGAUGCUGGGCUCGGGGGCAACUUCCCGCCGUUGGUGGGCUACAGUGGUGGCAAUGGUCUCUUUUCAGACGUAUUGACAUCAAGGUUAUCCGCGGAGGAUGUUGAGAAAGAGGUCAUGCGAAUCGUCACUCAGCAUUGCCCUCCGGGUGAGUGCCCACUGGUUGGAUAUUCGGUUCAAUGUGACCGAGAGGUCCUCAAAGAUAAGAUGCCCAGGCUGUACCGCCACCUCAGCCACCAGAUCAUUGAUGUCUCUGGCUUCUUCACUGUUGCGCGGUUAUGGCUUCCUGAGCAAUGGCAGUAUUGGGAUCGCAAAUCUAGCGACUACAAUCACAGAGCUGUGAACGAUGUGGAAGAUGCGAUCGAGGCUUUGAGAUGGGUUCGCAACAAGUUCUUUUCCGAGAGCCUGCUGCCGCUUGGGAUUGCCCAGGGCUAUUCCAGCAGUGGCUUGUCGGCUCUGAGCUUGCCGGGCAUCUCAAGAAAGUAG